AUGUAUAAAAUUGGAGUGUUUGGGGGAAAAGAGAAUCGGGGAGAGAGUCGUAAGCCAAAGAGGAAAAGAAUUGCUGAGAUGGAUCAAAGAAGAUGGGAAGAGUUCAACACUGACUGUUUGAAGAAUAUUUUUGGAAGAGUUGGUAUGGAGUCACUGCUUUUCGAUGUGCCUUUUGUAUGCAAGUCAUGGUACAAAGCAAGUCUGGAUCCUUGUUGCUGGCAACGUCUCAUUUUUCCCAACGACUUCUGUUUGGGAAGAUUUGUCAAUGAAUAUCAAAUUGAAGCGCGGAAGUUUUCGACUAGUGCGUUUAUUAAGUUUGUCGUCAGUCGUAGCAAAGGACAUGCUACUGUUCUCAGCCUACCUCCAUCUGCUUCAAAAGCAGAGUGUGGUGAUCUCAAGGUUGUGGCAUUUCAUGGGGACGAACCACAUGUAAUCCCAAAGCUGAUUGGUAAGUGGAAACAUUUGGAGUGGUUAAUGUUGGAAAGCGGCGAUGAUUUCGAAGAAAUCCUCUCACAGAUCAGCAUUCACUGCAAGGAUUUUUGUGGCUUAUGUGUGUCUAAUGAUGUUUUUUGUACUGGAGAGGGAAUGGCAAUCGUUAACUUCCUGCCUAAGAUUAAACAGUUGAUCUUUAGGAGAGUGGAAAUUGGUCGAGAUGAUCUUAUGGCGCUACUGCUGCGCUGCAAAAAGCUUCUGCUGCUGGAAGACAGUGAUUGUAUAGGUUUUAGUCCGGAUGAUUUGGAGAUUUCACAUUGGUAA